AUGCUUGAUGGAGUAAUUGAUAUCUUGAUUCAAUCAGAUAAAGAAAAGUCUGACUUGACAAAACAAAUACAAAAUCUUCAAGAAAAGUUAAAUUCAAUUCAAAAUCAAGAAAAUGACAAAGAAAUUCAAAAUCAAGAAAAUGACAAAGAAAUUCAAAAUCAAGAAAAUGAUAAAGAAAUUCAAAAUCAAGAAAAUGACAAAGAAAUUCAAAAUCAGGAAAAUGACAAAGAAAUUCAAACAAAAAUCGAAGAAAUUAAUAAUUCUGAUGAUUUUGAACGCAUUUACAACUUCUUUGACGAGCUUUCGUCUCAAGGAAAUAAAAUAGUGAUUUCAAAAGCAUGUGAAGAAGGACUCUGGAAGAAGAAAGGAACUAAUGAUCAAAAUGUACUUCAUGUUGCAAGUGAAAAAGGAAAUCUCAGACUUGUUAAAUCUCUCAUCGAAUGUCACUGUGACAAAGAUACAAAGGAUAAUGAGGGAUAUACUCCACUCAUUUUAGCUUCAUUAAAAUGUCAUCUUGAAGUUGUUAAAUAUCUCAUCUCUAUUGGCGCUGAUAAAAAAGCAAAAAAUAAUAGUGGAGCUACUCCACUCAUAUAUGCAUCAUUAAAAUGUCAUCUUGAAGUUGUUAAAUAUCUCAUCUCUAUUGGCGCUGAUAAAGAAGCAAAAAAUAAUAGUGGAGCUACUCCACUCAUAUAUGCAUCAUUAAAAUGUCAUCUUGAAGUUGUUAAAUAUCUCAUCUCAGUUGGAGCUAAUAAAGAAGCAAAGGAUAAUAGUGGAUUUACCCCACUUGAAAUCGCAUCACUUCUUAAAAAGAAUGAAGUUGUUAAAUAUUUUUCCUCAAUCUGA